CGAUCCGAACACUUCGAUUCGGGAGCAACUCUCCUAUUCUAAUCAUAUUCCGCAUUCACUUGUCCAUAUUACAUUAUUUUCUCAGGCAGUGAUUCUAGCAAAUGACCUCAUUUCUCAUAAAGAGACUCGUCUUUAGCGACGUAAUAAAUUCCAAAUGAGAGCUCUGACAUCAAGACGACUCGUUUCCACAGCGCUGCUGCUGUUAUGCUGUUCUGGAGCGUUUCUAUUUCUACAAUAUACAAAUAAGACAUUUCUCCUCGAUGAGAAGCACUCGAGGGCAGACGAUGAGUUCAGGGCCCGCCUCUUGGGUCCCGUGCGCUACGACGACCCCAAGCUGCUCGACCUCAUCAAAACCCAGCACAUGUAUCCUCCUUCAACGCUCCCUUACAAUCUCUUAAGCGAUCACGAAUACGAGAACUACAAAAACAUGGGCUUUUAUAUGGAAGCCAUGAAGGUGGUUCUACAUUACCUCCAUAACAAAACCAAUGGAAUAUUCGUGGAGGCGGGAGCACUUGAUGGCCAGUACCUCUCCAACACGCUCGAACUCGAAAAAAAUCAGGACUGGACGGGUUUGCUGGUCGAAGCAAGCUACAUAAAUUACAAGAGCAUCCUUCUGAAGAACAGAAAAGCGUGGGUGUCUCACUCAUGCCUUGCAGUACAUCCUUACCCCCACACCAUGAGCACAAAAGUAGAGUUCGAUACGCCACCAAUUGAUCCGUUCAAUUGA